AAUCUUUUGAAUAUAAAUCCUUCCAUUAAAACUUGUCUCAAUUUCCUGAUAUUGUACAAAUUAAAACUUGUCUCUAUCUAUCUCAUGUUCUGUAAUCCCUAAAUCCCCAAUUGGGACAAAUUAGUGUCUCUCUCUCGCUCUCCCACACACCCUUUGCUCGUGCUUGGGGAAUGCGUUCUGUGUAGUCAGCAGCUGUAUUGGAAGUGAGUGAGAAAUGAGUAACGGUUCUUGGUUACCUGAAGAGGACUUGAAGGUUCUAGCGGAUAAUUUCUUCGAUACUCUUGUUGAUCAUAUGGAUGAUUUUCCCCUUGAAAACAUCGAAACCGCUGAUGAUGAUGAGGAAGAUCGGGUUGCCGGGUUUCAAAACCUCGGUCCUCCACCAUUCGAUGUGCUAGCAAGUUUGUACACUGAGCUCACUUGCAAGAAGCAGGCGAGUUCUUCAGAUGUCUCGUCUACUGUUGAUAGCUCCCCUCCUGAUGUCAAAGUCUUGAAGGUAAUUCAGUCUACAAGCCCAGUCUCAGUUCUCGAGAACACCAACGGUUCCGCCUUGUCCCAUAACCAAAACAGAAUUCAGAGACUUGGAGCAGAGAUGUCUCAGCAGUUGGUUCCGGAUGAAUCAGAAUCUGAAACUUACCUCUCUUCUGAGAAUUCUGCCAAGAAUAAACGCAAGAAACAGAAGAGUCCUGCCCGGAAAUGCACUCAUUGCGAGACAACCAGGACCCCGCAGUGGAGGGAAGGACCCCGUGGACCUAAAACCCUCUGCAAUGCUUGCGGAGUACGGUUCAGAUCAGGCCGUCUUUUUCCAGAAUACCGUCCAGCAUCAAGCCCGACCUUCGUCCCAACUGUACAUUCAAAUAUGCACAGAAAGAUCGUAGAGAUGAGAAGGAAAGAUGAAGACCAGCUUGAUACCUGAAAGAUCCGUACCGUGACUUCCUGAGCAUAUAUAGGAGACUAAAACAGGGCUUUGUAACUUCAGCAGACCCAGUGAGUUUGGUCUAUGAUAAAAACAUAUCCGUAGAAUUGGUUAACUAUCUUCUCUUGGAAGACUGAUAGUGUUUGUCUUUUUUUUUGUUUAUCUGAUGCGGAGAGUUUAGGGUACUUUUUGUUGAAAUUUAGGGUCUUCGUUGUUGUUUGGUUAUGUUUGAAAGAAGAUGUUUGGCUGAUAUCUAUUUUUUAUCAGAGUAGUGUAGUGUAGUGUAUUGCACCUUAGGCUUGGGGUUCGUAUCUCCUCACUAAAAAGAGGACUAUUAACCCUCUUUGGUCCCCGACCUGAGGGGUUUACGGGUCUAUUGCCAGAGCCUCUCGAAUAAGAGUGAUGUAAUGCCAUUUUUUGUUUUGUUAAGCUAUAUAUUUGUAGA